AUGAGUUCCCCUACCUUUCAGCUCGAUCCUGGCCAUAAUCAGCACGUGAAUGCAAUGGUAGCCACACCUUGUAGCAGUGUUAGCAAGAGCAAGGAUCGUCAAACCAAGCAGGCGGUGACCGAGCAACAUCGUCAAGACGGCAAUAGUUACCGCCAAACGGAGACAACGAACAAUCCGAAAGGAUACUCGGAGCCUCCGGAUGCACGUAAACCGAAUCGCCGAUGGUCACUGUAUCCUUCGAUAGAUAGGCAGGCACUGCCCACGCUCCACAUUCAUCGGCAACGCAGCUACAUCAUCGGACGCAGCCGACAGAUCUGCGACCUUCCGAUUGACCAUCCGUCAUGCUCAAAACAACACGCCGUCCUGCAAUACCGCCUUGUGCCGAACAAGCGAAGGGAUUGCCUGUGCAUUCGGCCCUAUAUUUUGGAUUUGGAGUCGGCCAAUGGCACGUUCAUUAACUUCAACCAGAUCGAACCGCUGCGAUUUCUUCAGCUAUUCGAGAAGGACGUUCUCUCAUUUGGUUACAGCUCAUGCACUUACGUGCUUUUGGACCAGGACAGCAAACCACAGCCGUAA